GACGUCUACCGCUCCACCAUCGUCACCGAGUGGAAUCUCGUGUGUGACAACGACUGGAAGGGACCCCUGAGUACCUCCUUGUUUUUUGUGGGUGUCCUGCUCGGAUCUUUCAUAUCGGGACAACUCUCAGACAAGUUUGGCAGGAAGAAUGUGCUGUUUGCAACUAUGGCAAUGCAGACUGGCUUCAGCUUCAUCCAGGUCUUCUCUACCAGCUGGGAGAUGUUUUCAGUGUUCUUUUUGCUGGUCGGCAUGGGACAGAUAUCUAACUACGUGGCAGCGUUUGUUCUCGGCACAGAAAUUCUUGGCAAAUCAAUCCGUGUGCUAUUCUGCACGCUAGGCGUUUGCAUAUUUUACGCGUUUGGCUACAUGUUGCUGCCACUGUUUGCUUACUUCAUCAGAGACUGGCGGAUGCUGCUGCUGGCGCUUACUUUACCUGGGCUGCUCUGCAUCCCACUCUGGUGGGUCAUUCCAGAAUCUCCACGGUGGCUCAUCUCUCAGGGACGAUUUCAAGAGGCAGAAGACAUACUCCGAAAGGCUGCAAAAAUUAAUGGCAUUACGCCCCCAGAUGUAAUACUUGAUCCUAGUGAGCUGCAGGAUGUGGAUUCCCAGAGACAACAGACAUACACCAUUUUGGACCUAAUGAAAACCCGAAAUAUUCUAACUAUCACAAUUAUGUCAGUGAUUCUGUGGAUGAUAAUCUCUGUUGGUUAUUUUGGACUUUCUCUUGACACACCCAACUUGCAUGGAGACGUCUAUUUAAACUGCUUCCUCUCAGCAGUGAUUGAAGUUCCAGCCUACAUUAUUUCCUGGCUGCUGCUUCGAAAUCUCCCCCGACGGUAUUCAAUGGCUGCUGCGUUAUUCUUGGGAGGCUGUGUUCUUCUCUUCAUUCAGCUGGUGCCUUCACAGUUCCGUGCCAUAUCUAUUCUCCUCGUGAUGUUGGGGAAAUUUGGGAUCACAUCUGCCUUUUCAAUGGUUUAUGUUUACACGGCUGAGCUUUACCCGACAGUGGUGAGAAACAUGGGAGUUGGAGCAAGCUCCAUGGCCUCCAGACUUGGCAGCAUCCUCUCACCUUACUUCGUUUACCUUGGUGCCUAUGAUAGGUUCCUGCCUUACAUCCUGAUGGGGAGCCUGACCGUGUUAUCGGGAAUUCUGACUCUAUUUCUGCCAGAAAGUUAUGGUAUGCCUCUUCCUGACACAAUUGAGCAAAUGCUGUUGGUGAAAGGUUGCAGGGCUGCAGUCUUGUUGGAGUCACGGAGGCAUGGUGAGACGGCUCCCAUGACUGGAGUGAUGCAGUGGAGGGAUACAGGCUCUUUAGGACAGACUGGGACGACAUGGAGGUCGAGUCACCCUCUGUGUGAGAGCAGCUGGAAGGAACGGAGCUCUGCCUCAGGAUGGAUGAGCCAUAAAGAUUAAGGGUAAGCGUUACAGAGCAGAGCAAUGUGGGUGACGUGUCGGGCAUCUGCUAUAAGCCACCCAACAAGAAAGAAUAAGCAGAUGAGAAUCUCUAAAGACAGCUGGAAGUAGCCUCAUGUUCACAGACCUAUCAUCAUGAGGGACUUCAACCAUGCCAACACCUGCUGGAGGACCAACACAGCAGGGCAUCAGCGAUCUAGGAAGCUCCUCGAGGGCAUUGAUGACAGCUCUCUGACCCAAGUGGUAGAGCGAAGAAGGAAGGGUGAUCUGCUAGACCUUGUACUCACAAGCAAGGAAGUACUUGUUGGAGAUUUGAAAGUCAAAGGUCAAAGGCAGCCAUGGAUACAAUGGCCAUGAGAUGGUAAAGUGCAGGAUCCUGAGAGGAGGGAGCAGGGCAAAAAGCAAGAUUGCAACCCUGGGCUUCAGGAGAGCAGGGCCUCUUCAGGGAUCUAUUUGGAAGAGUCUCAGAGAAUAAAGCCCUGAAGAAAAGCAUAAGGAAGAUGGUUAAUAUU